GCGACUGUGUAGAUAAAAAAAACAAAAAGUGCAUUCCUGGAAGUACCAGAAAUUAUCAUAAUAAUGUUCCCGAUUGUCCUGACUUUCUUGAUGGCGGGUGCGCUCGCGCAGAUCACGAUCGACCCUAAAGACGUGGAGGCCAUAUUUGGUACACCGCCGACGACGUCGACGACACCGGGAGCCUUUGAAACGUUAACCCUGAAACCUACUGACGCGACGACUACGUUCACGGAUAAGAAUGGACAGCCAUGUAAAUGCGUUCCAUAUUAUCUUUGCGACGUAGGCAGAGCCGAAAUCAAAAACUUUACUGGAUGGGGCGAAUUGGAUAUCAGGUUUGGAGAGGAUGACAACUGUCAGGAGAGUGUGGAGAAAUGCUGCACUGAACCCAAAACAGACGAAGACGUUGACAUGCCAGACACAGAACCGUAUACCCUAAAGGGUUGCGGUUACAGGAACCCGGCGGGACUGGACUUCACGAUCAAAGGAGGGACUGGUCACGAAUCCCAGUUCGGCGAGUUCCCCUGGGUUGUGGCGCUCACUGCACUCAACAACUCUUACGUGGGUGUCGGCGUCCUCAUACAUCCGCAGGUUGUGAUGACAGGUGCCCACAUCGCAUACAAGUAUCCCGGGAAUCUGAAGAUCCGAGCGGGAGAAUGGGACACCCAGACAACGGGGGAGAGACUGAAACACCAGGAGAGGGUUGUCAAGGACAUGGUAAUACAUACAGGUUUCAAUAAGGUAAAUCUCUUCAAUGACAUCGCUCUACUGCGUCUAGAAGAGCCGGUGACGUUGGCUGAACAUAUUAAUGUAAUUUGUCUGCCGUCGCAAGAUGAAGCGUUCGACAACACAAAGAAAUGCGUCGCCAACGGCUGGGGGAAGGACUUUUUUGGCCAACAAGGCCGGUACGCUGUGAUACUCAAGAAGCUGGAGAUCGACAUGGUGCCCAACUCGCGCUGCCAAAUGCUUCUCAGGAAGACGCGUCUGGGAUCACAUUUCAAGUUGCACAAAACCUUCGUUUGCGCCGGCGGUGAGGAGGGGAAAGAUACUUGCACGGGUGACGGCGGCGCUCCCCUGGCCUGCCCCGUGUCCAUGUCCGGUGAUCGGUACAAACUGACCGGUCUGGUGGCGUGGGGCAUCGGCUGCGGCGGCAAGGAUAUCCCGGCCGUAUACGCGAGCGUACCGUACUUCAGGAACUGGGUGGACACCCAGAUGACUGCCUGGGGUUACGAUACUGCAGGCUACACCAUAUAAACGGAUAUUUUAUAAAUAAAUAAAACGACAUUACGAAUG